CCAAAUCCAAACACACCAACAAUGGCCACUAUCUUCUCUCCCUCCGCUGUCCUCUCCUCCUCCACCACCACCACCACCACAACAAAAGCACCACUCACUCCGCCGCAACUCAAACCCCACCUCCCCACCCCACCCUCAAAGCCUCCCCUCAACCUAGCCACAACCCUAGCCGCCACAGCUCUCGCCACAACAAUCCUCGCCGCCGCCCCACCCUCCCUAGCCGGCGACACCUCCCCCGCCGCGUACAAGCUCUACUACGGCACGGCCGCGAGCGCCGCCAAUUACGGCGGCUACGGCGGCAACUCCGACAAGAAGGCAUCGGCGGAGUACACGUACGACGUGCCGGAGGGAUGGAAGGAGAAGCUGGUGUCGAAGAUCCAAAAGGGUACCAACGGCACCGACAGCGAAUUCUACAACCCUAAGAAGAAGACGGAGAAGGAGUACCUAACGUUUCUGUUAGGGUUUCCGAAGCUGGCUCCGAAGGAAGCUAUCCUGAACAACCUCGCCCUAUCCGACGUGGACUUGCAGGAUCUGAUCGCGAGCGCCGAAAGCGUGACCACCGACGAGAGGAAGGACGACAAGGGGCAGGUGUACUACGUGUAUGAGAUCGACGGGGUCGGCGCGCACAGCUUGAUCUCCGUCACGUGCGCGAACAACAAGCUGUACGCGCACUUUGUGAACGCGCCUACGCCCGAGUGGAAUAGGGACCAGGACACGCUUAGGCACGUUCACGAGUCUUUCAAGACCGUCGGAUGAUGAUGAUCAUGAUUGAGAUCGUCUCGUUUUUUGAUGAUUUUGAUUGUGUGUGUGUGUUGUGUAAUUGAUACCGUUGAGUACAGAUAUUUGGACAUAAAAUCGUGGAAAUUAUUGUUGUUGUUACUUGAAUAAUCGAUUAAUUAAUGUCUCGAUCAAGUUAGCUUUAUCGUGUUUUGGUGCGUGUUUGUCGAGACAGUAUGAAAUACUACUAAUCUUGUAAUGGCUACUCGAUCAUAGUAUACUACGGUUUUGAAGGUUUAUAAUUUGAUCAUAGUGUAUGUUUCUUG